GUAUGCGCGUGCCUGUGGGGUCAGUGGGAUGGCCCUGGCCCUGGGGCCCUGCCCCAUUCUCCAAGCAAUUACCCAGUGCUCGCUGCCCCGGAAGUCCCACCUGCUGACUACAAGUGAUGUUAGAUUAGAAAGAAUUCCACUCACCUGCCGGGGCCCACUGAUCCCUCACCUGCCAGCUCCUCCUGCCAGGCUGGCUCUGGGAAGUGGGUGAAAGGAGAUGCCAAGGCCAACGCGUGGGCCCCUGGCCACCUCCCAGGGGGUGAUGCUCCUCUGACACCUGGUGUGGAGGCAAGAGGGACGGUUCCAGCCGCCCAGGAAAGGUGGCCGGGGAGCCGGGGAGGCUGGCACUUCAUUCUGUCCCCUCCCUCCCCAGGCAGCCCGGGCACUGGUAGCAGCGGCAGCGAGGCCGUGGCAGCGCUCCCAGCAGAGGAUGCCCCAGGCCCUGGAGCGCGCCGAGGGCUGCUGGGCGUGGGUGGUCCUGCUGGCCGCCGUCGUGGCCCAGGGCCUCACCCUGGGCUUCCCCGCGUGCAUCGGCAUCUUCUUCACUGAGCUGCAGCGCGAGUUCCAGGCCAACAACAGCGAGACCUCCUGGUUCCCCUCCAUCCUGACGGCCAUGCUCCACGCGGGGGGCCUGGGCUUGUGUUUCAGUUUCCAGUCGACCAUCACCGUAUUGGGCUUCUAUUUCACCCGCCGGCGGGCGCUGGCCAACGCUGUGGCUUCGGUGGGCGUCUCCCUGGGCAUCACACUCUGGCCGCUGCUGGCCCGCCAUCUCCUGGAGGAACUGGGCUGGAGGGGCACCUUCCUGGUCUUCGGCGGGGUUUUCCUCCACUGCUGCGUCUGCGGCGCCAUCCUGAGGCCCGUGGCCCCCAGCGUGGCCCCUGCACCCAGAAAAGGCCCACCUGUGCCCUCCAAGACACCAGCGCCCGGCUGCCCGGCAGCAUGUGGCCGGGCCCUCCUGCGCCACCUGGCCUUCGACAUCCUGUGGCACAACGCAGGCUACCGCGUGUUCACGCUGGGCGUCACAUGGAUGAUCCUCGGUUUCCCGCUGCCACAAGUCUUCCUGGUGCCGUUCGCCAUGCGGCACGGGGUCGACGAGCACAAGGCCGCCCUGCUCAUCUCCAUCAUCGGCUUUAGCAACAUCUUCCUGCGGCCCAUGGCCGGGCUGGUGGCCGGCCGCCAGAACUUCGCCAGAUAUCGCAAGUACCUCUUCAGCCUCGCGGUUCUGCUCAACGGGCUCACCAACCUGGUGUGCACGGUGUCGGCCAACUUCCGAGUGCUGGUGGGCUACUGCCUGGUGUACAGCGUGUCCAUGAGCGUGGUUGGCGCCCUCUUCUUCCAGGUCCUCAUGGACGUGGUCCCCAUGGAUCGGUUCUCCAGGGCCCUGGGCCUCUGCACCAUCCUGGAGAGCAUCUCCAUCCUCAUCUCCCCGCCCAUGGCUGGGUUUGUCCUGGACAACACCGACAGCAACUUCAGCUACGUCUUCUACAUGUCAAGCUUCUUCCUCGUCUCCGCCGCCCUCUUCAUGGGUGGCGGCUUCUGUGCGAUUCAGAAGAAGGAGAGGCAGGGCAGGCCGGCCGAGGCAGAAGCAGCCGUCCCGGAGCCGGCCCCGCUGAGGGCCCUCAGCAGGGAGGACACAGGCAGCUCGGAGAAGCGGCCGUGCACCGAAGAAAUCAUGUAUGUGACCAGCGUCUGAGCCCCAGGAUCACAUGUGUGACCGGCGUCUGAGCCCCGAGGCCGGUGAGCGAACACUGCCUCCGCCCAGGAACGCGAUGUCCUGCAGUUUCACCGGGUGAAGCCUGAACCGAAGGGCAGGCCGGCCCGCCCCGCACGUCGGGACUCAGCCAGGGGCUGGGGCCUUGGAGGCUGGCCUCCGAAGACUCAGGGUUCCUUCCAACGAGCAGAAUCCAGGAGCCGGUCCUCCUGACUUUUUUCCCUUUUUUCCUUGGGCACCAGGGUACUUGGGGCCCAAGAAGGUGGGUCUGAGCUCUGCUUGGGUCUCUCAUGGCCGACGGGGCUCAGCUGGCUGCCCACUGCCGCUGCUACAACUCAACACGCCGGGCCUUCAGGUCCAGCCUGGAUGCUUCAUAGGUGACCUCUCUGUCCUUCUCCAGCCUCCAGCUCCAGACAGUUCCAAAAGUUCACCCUAAGUCCCCCUAAGCCCUCCUGCCUCCCUUCCUCCCUGUGGCCCAGCCCUUGCCCUCAGGGCUGCCCCCAGCAUGGGUUACUGGGCCUCCCACUGACUGGGACUUGGGAAGAAGGGCCUUGGGAGAGAAUUGGUGGUGGCCUGCAGCCGUGGAUGGCCGAGCUGCGGAUGAGCCUGGAUGCAGGGUUCGGAUAGAUUAAAUGCUGGUGGAGCACCUG